AUGCCAAAUUGGAAUUUGGAUAUUGUUUGUCCCGAAUGUAAAGGCAAAAAGAGUCCUGUAUUUACGAUUUGUAAAUGGUGUAUGAAAUAUGAUAUAUGUUUUUGCGGAGUUCAAAAAUUAAAAAGAUUUUCAACUUGUAAAAAAUGUUAUGAGAGCGAAAAAAAGCUCCAUGAUUACAUACGUAAAAAACCAAUGAUUUGGCCAAAAGACAAUAAAUCAAAUACACAAAAUGAUGACUUUUUUAAAGAUACAAUUCCUAAAUGUUUUUUAUGCUCUUCUUAUGGGAGACCUAUUAAGCAUUUGAGUAAAGAUUGUCCAAAACAACAAUAUAAAGAUUUUUCAUACUCAUUAUGGUAG